AUGGCAUGGUGGUGGCAGCUCCUGCUAAGGUUGUGGACAGUCAUGCCAACCUGGGCUGGGGACGAGCUGCUCAAUGUCUGCAUGAAGGCCAAACACCACAAGAGAGAGCCCAGCCCAGAAGACAAGCUCUUCGUGGAGUGCAGCCCCUGGAAGGACAAUGCCUGCUGCACAUUCCACACAAGCUGGGAAGCCCACCUGGAUGUGUCCCUGCUCUACAACUUCAGUUUGGUUCACUGUGGAGUACCCACCCCAAGCUGUCAGCAGCACUUCAUCCAGGCCGUCUGCUUCCACCAGUGCUCCCCAAACCUGGGGCCUUGGAUCCAGCCACUGAGCCCGAGUGGGCAGGGAGAGCGAGUUUUGAAUGUGCCACUUUGUCGGGAGGACUGCGAGCGGUGGUGGACAGACUGCCACUCGUCUUACACCUGCAAAUCCAACUGGUUUGACAGCUGGAACUGGAGUCAGGGGAAAAGCCGCUGCCCCGAAGAGGCCCCCUGCCUCCCUUUCCCCCAUUACUUCCCCACCCCGGCAGACCUGUGUGAGAAGAUUUGGAACAAAUCCUUCAAGGCGAGCCCUGAGCGCCGGAGGAGUGGGCGGUGUCUCCAGAAGUGGUUCGAGCCUGCUCGGGGCAACCCCAACACCGCUGUGGCCCGCCUCUUCGCCAGCCCUGCCCCAGCCUGGGAACUCUCCUGCCCUCUCCUGGUCUUCUCUCUGUUCCUGCCAUUCCUUUUCUGA